GUCAAACAUAAAGUGAAGUGAAGGAGAAGGAAGCAGCAACAGAGUGAAACACAGUUCAACUAGCGGAGAUUAAAAAUAUGAAGGCAGUCAACUUUGUGUUAACAAUGUAUUUGGUUGCGUCCUGCUCGAAGACGGGACUGAUGGUGAACAGCGAGACACAUUCCCUCUAUUACACCUACACGGCUCUUUCCAAACCUGUCGGACUCCCGGGCAUCCACCAGUUCUCAGCCAUGGGUCUGCUGGACGGCAGGAUGAUCGACUACUUCGACAGCGAGCACCAGAAGAAAGUUCCCAAACAGGACUGGAUGAAAGAGAGACUGCCUGCAGAUUACUGGGAGAAAGGAACACAGUCCCGCCUGAGCAAACAGCAGUGGUUCAACGUCAACCUCGACAUCCUGAAGACACGAAUGAGACAGAAUGACUCAGACGUCCAUGUUCUUCAGUGGAUGCACGGCUGUGAGGGCGACACGCAGCCUGACGGCACGAUUAGGUUCCACCGCGGCAUAGACAAGUACGGCUACGAUGGAAACGACUUCCUGUCCUUUGACGACGUCAACCAAGUCUGGAUUGCUUCGACUGACGUGGCCGUCCCGACUAAGAGGAAGUGGGAUGGGGUCCAGGUCCUUAAAGAAUACACCAAAGGCUACCUGGAGAACGAGUGCAUGGAGUGGUUGAGGAAGUUCGUGGACUAUGGGCGAAUGCAGCUUCAAACUGCUGCUCCACCUGAGGUGUACAUGUUCUCAAAGAACAGUAAAGUUGAGUCAAAGGUCAUUUUGACGUGCCUGGCCACAGGCUUCCACCCAAAAGACAUCAUCCUGCAGAUCAAAAGGGACGGCAGUGUUCUAACUGAAGAGCACGAAGUGGUUACAUCGGGCGUUCGACCAAAUGACGGCGACACCUUCCAGAGAAGCGACAGUGUGGAGAUUUUAAGGACUGACAUGUCUACAUACACCUGUGAAGUGAAUCACCCAGGAUACAGGUUACAUGUUGAGAAGGAAUGGGAUCAUAAACUACCUCCUGACAUUGGAGAACAUGCAUCUAUGAUUGCUGGAGGUGUAAUGGUCCUGCUGGUGGUGGUGGUGGUGGUGGUGGUGGUCGCAUCCGUUGUGGUUCUGGCUGUCGUGUUCAGAAAAGGAGCUGGAGCCAACCCUCCUCAAGCUACUCAGCUCAAACAACUCCCGGCCCGAAGUCUUCUGGAAUAGAAGUCUGAAGUUUCUGCAGAUCAUUUUUAUUUUCAUUAGAGUACAUGAAGACUCACUGUGUUCUCU